CAGCGCUAUCCGUGACUUCGUCUUCCACACUUUCAUCGUACUCGACACUACACGCGACCAUCAUGGAUAUCUCUUUCGCUCUGACGGGGAAAGGUUAUGUGAUUGUGGCCGCAGACACCACGGCAGCGCGCUCGAUUGUGAAAAUGAAGUUGGAUGAGGACAAGAUCAAGGUCCUCAGUCCACACCUACUCAUGGCGUACUCCGGCGAGCCCGGUGAUACACUCCAAUUUGCGGAGUACGUCGAGCGGAACAUUCGUCUCUACCAAAUCCGUAACGCGUAUGCCCUUCGCCCACCUGCUGCUGCUGCGUGGAUUCGCCGUGCACUCGCGGACUCGUUGAGGUCUCGAAAACCAUAUCAAGUGAAUCUCCUCCUGGGCGGGUACGACACCAGCACACACACGCCGAAUCUGUAUUGGGUGGACUACCUCGGCACGCUCACGAGCGUUCCGUUCGGGGCACAUGGUUAUGGAAGCUACUUCGCACUCAGUUUGCUUGAUAGAUACCACGAUCCGGAGGCCACUCUAGAGGAAGGCCUUGCUGCACUCCGCCGGUGCAUAGACGAGGUGGCGAAGCGUUUGGUCGUCGCACCAGGGAGGUACAAGGUGAAGGUGGUCGACAAGGAUGGUGUACGCGAGAUCGAGCUGUAGCUGCGUUCCUUCCUCUAUCUGUAUUCCAUAGUUACUCAUGUUUUCGGUAAACGGACGGCCGUCGACCGAGCUGUGAUUCCGGCCUCAGUAUGCACGUGUGCGCCUCAUUGCGCUGGCGAAGGGCAUUGCUUCGGUAUAUAUUCACCUAACAUGCUUCCAUUUCGAUAGUCCUUCCCGUUCUCAACGGCCGCUGCAUUCACCGUGUAACUCAUGGGCUUCAC